CCGGUAUUGAGGCAGAUGGUGAGGAUCUCAAUUCUCAAACGGUUUCGGGAUGAUGACAGCUUUCUGCGCCCGCCAAAUCCAAAGAAGAAUUUGUUCCCUAGCACUCAAAACCCCCCUCGUAAUCACAGCCCCAAAUCCGAUCCCAACGUCAAUGGAUUCCGUUUCUCGUCCUUUUCCCCAUCAGCCGGCCUAUCCAUCAUCAACCCAUUGUCUUUUCCUUCGAUUCUUCUAUCCAAUACUAACUUCACCCAAGCUAGUGUGUUCCCAUUUUGCCAAUCAUCAUCAUUAUCCUUGUCUUCUCACAAUCUUGCUUUUACACGCCACCUUAUGUUCAUAGCAUUGUUGUUUGUUCAGCAGCGGCAUCAAUGAUGCCUUGAGAAGUCAGUGUUUAGUGCUCUUCACGUACUCGGUACUCCAAAAAAAUCCCACGUAUGGGUUGCGUUCAGGGAAAGCCCUCACCAACUUAUAAUCGCCAACAGUCUCGUGGUGGUGGCGGCGGCGGCCUCCAUAAGUUGAAAGCUGAUAAUGGGUAUGUUACAGGCGGAAUUGGGGGAAAACCCAAUGCUGCACAGAAACCGUUUGUUGAAAUGCCUGUGAAGCAGAAUAGUGUAAAGAAGAACAAUAAUCAAGUUGAUGAUGGUAAUACGAGGAAGGAAGGAGGAGGUCAGAAUGAUAUGAAGAUUAAUCAAGAAGGAAUUGGGAAUGUUUCUCAGAGAAUUGUUGUUGGUAAGAAGAUUGGUUCAGACGAUUUAAUUGAUGGAUGGCCUAAAUGGCUUGUUGAUAAUAUUCCAAGAGAAGUUUUGGCUAAUCUGGCAUCUAAAACCGCUGAUUCUUAUGAUAAGCUUGCUAAGAUAGGCCAUGGAACAUAUAGCAAUGUCUAUAAAGCUCGAGAUAGGGACACAGGAAAGAUUGUUGCUUUAAAGAAAGUUCGUUUUGACACAUCAGAGCCAGAAAGUGUGAAGUUUAUGGCAAGAGAAAUUAUCAUUUUACAGAAACUAGAUCAUCCAAAUAUUAUCAAACUUGAAGGUCUUGCAACAUCUAGAAUGCAAUAUAGUCUUUAUCUAGUCUUUGAGUACAUGCUAUCAGACUUAACCAGAGUUAUUUCUCGUCCAGAAGGAAGGUUAACAGAACCACAGGUGAAGUGCUAUAUGCAGCAGUUGCUCUCUGGUCUUGAACACUGUCACGAAAGAGGGAUUUUACACAGGGACAUUAAAGGAUCAAACUUGUUGAUAGACAAAAAUGGAAAGCUGAAAAUAGCGGAUUUUGGGCUUGCAAAUUACUACAAUCCAAAACAAAAAAAACCUCUGACAAGCCGAGUUGUGACACUUUGGUAUAGAGCUCCAGAAUUGCUGUUAGGCACUACAGAUUAUGGAGUUGGAAUUGAUCUUUGGAGCACUGGAUGCCUAUUGGCUGAAAUGUUUGUUGGUAGGCCCAUUAUGCCAGGAAGAACAGAGGUUGAGCAGCUUCACCGGAUCUUUAAGCUUUGUGGGUCCCCUCAUGAAGACUACUGGAAAAAAAUCAAGCCACCAACAACCUUCAGACCUCCACAAAACUAUGUUCCAAGUUUUCAAGAAGCUUUCACAAAUUUUCCCUCUUCUUCUUUUGGCCUCUUGACCACACUUCUAGCUUUGGACCCCGAAUCCCGUGGAACUUCCACUUCUGCCCUCCAAGACAAUUUUUUCUCUUCAAGUCCAUUAGCAUGCGACCUCUCGGGUUUGCCUGUUGUAAACAAAGACGAGGAUGUCCCAAUACAAUUCCAUGAUGGAAAGAAGAAUAGAACUUUAAAAACCAAGCAACGAACGAGGAUAGCUCGGAAGGAUCACGCAAGAAACGUUUCCAUUUCUGAACUCUCGACCGAAUAUUCCGAAUCAUCUAAAGAGCAGGAGAAACAUGUAGACAAGAACUCAGUAACCCAAGAACAAGAAACGGGUCAAAGCACAAGUAGCAACACAUCAAGCAAGAGAACAAACUUAACAAUGGAACCCUCCCCACCAUUUACUUUAGCAUUCGAUUCAAAUCCACCCAAUAAUAAUCGGGCAGCAAGAACUGAAGCUCACCCAAAUGCUUUAAAAAAUAUAAAAAAUUUCCCACUUCUACUUGCAUCCAUCACACAAACCGUUAAUAAUAUGGAAGAGAAUCGAAAUGGUCUCAAUCGUCGAUCCAUGUCUAAUGUUGAUUUUCGACAUUUGGAUAUUGAGAAGAUAUCGAAGCUUUUUAAUUUAGAUGAUCAUUAGGGUUUUUUGUGGGGUAAUUCUUUUCUAUUUUUUGUGUUGUGGUACUUCAUAUAUGUUUUUCUUGGGUUUGUUUUAUAUAAAUGAACUAUAAAACCAAUAAACCAAAUCAUUGUUCAUGUGAUUAAGUGGUUUUUUUUUCUAUGUAAAAUUGUUGUAUGAUUGUAUCUUUGGUACAUUUUCUUUGUAACAUAAAACACACACUAUCGGGCCAGUCCAAAGUCGGGGCCCGGUCGACAAGGUUCGGAAAAGGCCAAGUCCGGUCAACCCGGGUUUGAAACAUUGGAGUGAUAAUGGGUAAAGGCUUUAUCUUGUCCGAUUAAUUUAAAUAAACGGUUUGAGUUUAUUAAUGUUAUAAAUUACAAUUAAUAUAUUGUUUAUAUUUACGAUUAUAAAUCUUAUAAUCCUGCAUAAGCGGCGUAGUUGUAAGAAGGCGACAAGUUAUUAAUGCAUAUCAUUUUCUUUUUGUU